AUGGUCGGUUGGUUGAACUUUGCUUUGUUGUCGGUGGUCUUUGGUCAAUUGCUAUUGGAUAAGUUGCCGCGGACGAAGUGGUACAUGUUGUACGUGGAUGAACCAGUUGGUUGUUCUGAGUGUGCGGAUUAUGGGACUUUGAGUAAAGCGCGGUCGUGCGUGGAUCAGGCUCCGUGUAAUGCUACUGCGUCGCUGAUGGUACAAGUACCUCGGCAUGAUACAUGUACCCCUGACCAGUGGUGGAUUAAGCCGACUGGCAUUGAUUUCAGCAUGCCAGUCACUGAUCGACAAUAUCACCUAAGUAGUGUUGAGUUGCUGGUAAAUACCUACAAAGCACAGGCAGGAAGCAGUUACGAAGCAUGCCAGCCGGGACUGCAAAUGUUUGCCAAAGAAAAGGGCCUGGUCACAGAUAACAUAACAGGGGAAAUCGAAGGUUCGGUCUGCGGAUCACGGCUCUACUUCGCCCGCCCUCUCAACACCGGAGUGGUGGUGAACAAGACUGAUGCCUUAAUCCAAUUUACUUUAGACAAAAAAUCAAAUCUCUCACUGGCCAACGGCUACUGGAUCAAAAGCACGUCAUACAAUAACUGCAUCGGGCUGGACUGGCAUACACUACAACUUACCGCAACGUAUACAAAUACUAUUGGCAAAACCAAUUGGGGUGACAACAAUGAAAGCUAG